CGGGGUAAGAGAGAAACUCUUGGCGUCAACGAAAUUCCCCACCAGAGGCAAACCCGCGUUGCCUUUUUCCUUUUUGGGUCUCGCUGACUCAGACUGUCUGCUGAGCGAAAAGGCCACUCGGCCCGGCAAUUGGGUGACCGCCAUCAGAGAGAUGGCGGCUUCCGCCGUGACAAAUCUGGGUCAGCGGAACCCCCCGCCCCCACCGAAAGAGGAAAAGGAAAAACACACAAGAUGAGGACGCCAUUGACAGACGUAAACACCACAGAUCAGCAGUCCGUGGCGCCAUCCUCCACGUCAGCGAACGCUCCUUGCGAAGGCUGAAGAAUCCCGUGAGGGAUGAAGGCAAUUUGCAUCCCGUCGAGCCCCUUUCUGAUUCGGUUUCAACGAACGGGAGGUUCCUGGCAAGCGGCACUCAAAUGGAUUUGGCCCAGGGAGCAAGCGCGUCCUCCGGCGCCAGCAAUCUUCACGUCGCAGGAAUGACACGGCGGGACAAAUCGGCAUUAUCUGUCGACUCACGAAAGCGUGGAAAAACAUUCCGCAAAGGGUUUUUUUUGUUGUUGUUGUUUUUUUUUUUUGUGCCGCUCUUGGGGUCCGGCUUUACGUUUCAUAGAAAAUUGACGCUUGAAAUAUUAAAAGGCCAAUGCUGAGAAUUUGGGAAGAAAAUCAAAGUCCCAGCCGCAUUUCCAGGGUUCCCGCCUUUUUCGGGUAGUUACUAAAGUGUGCCUUGUUGUUUUUCUCCCCGUUUAGCGGCCAGCUUCCCCGCGAAGCCAGAUGCCUCCUCUCCCCCUGGACGAGCGCAUCGUUGUCAUCCAGCGGCCGAAAAAUCCGGCCUCGCGCGAGGCCGUCCCGCAUCACCCGUCGCAGAGAUCGGCCUCGUCCCGCGGGCAAAUUAGCCGCGCCCCCCGUCCUCACGUUUCUCAGCCCCCCUCUGAAUCUCUGACUCUGGAAUGCAAACGCAGGGGUUCCCGUCCGCAGAAGACCCCGGCCGACGCUUCUCUCCCGCCGCCGAGCCACCGCCACAGCAACGGAACCGCGACGCUCGGCCCGCGACUGUCGUCCCACACGCACACUAUCGACAUCAGAUUGACUCUGGACAAAGGCAGAGCGGGAAUCAGCAGCUCGCUGGGCCGUAGCGGAAGCGCUGAGGACGCGCGGGGGAAAUGCGCCCCUCCGCCUUUGCACCAGGGCGAGAGAAGAACCGGCGCUGCGGAACCGCCAGGCGGAAGCCAACGCGAAGCACAGCGCCAAGGUCAGCGGUUUCCGUCGGACUUUGCCCCUGCGCAGGUACCGCGGUGCGACCUCAGGGAUGUCAAUGAGCGGGAGAGGGCAACCUUCUGGAGUCGAGCAGACCCUCAGUUCCCUUUGCUGGAUCCCGAGCAUCCCACGUCGGGCCUCCCCUACCGGGUUAGGGUUAGGGUCCCCCGCGCGGCCAUCCUCAACUCCAACCAUCUCCCUUCCGCUCCCGCUCCCGCUCCGGGCGUCUCCUUCCUGCAGUCCGAGCAGCCUCUGGCAUCCCGCCACAGAGAUCCAGGUCCCCCGAUUCUCCUUUCGUCGUCCCGUACCCCCCGUGCAGGAGGGUUCCCCAGCCCUGACCACAGCUGCACCGUCGACUGCGGCCGCCCCUUCGGAUGUGGCUGUUGGAGGUCGGGAAGGUGCGGCGGGUCGAAAGGCCGCGCUUCCAGUAGCUCUUCCGCCUCGUUCUCCCGCGUUCAUAACGUUGGCGCUGUAAAAAAGGGGGGCAAAGAAAUGGGCCUGAGAAAUCUGGGAUGGUGUCUGUCCACCGCCUCCACGUCAACCGACAGCACUGUGUCCGAACACCGGUCGAGCCUGUUCAAGCCCCUCCGCUGCGCCUCCUGCGCGAGUGAGGCCGGACGCUUUGAGAGUCCCGCUAUCCUUGGGGAACGCGCGCUCGGGGGAUGCCUGCCUUGCGCGCCCACGUCCUCGUCGGGCCCCCUCCGGGCAAUCCACAGCUGCGUCACGGCUUGCCAUCCCAAAGGCUCCCGCGCUGGGAGCUCCAGCUGCAGCUACUGUAGCAGCGACCCCAUCGUGGUGACGUUCAACCCUCGCCGAGGUAAAGCCCCAGCGGGAAGCAUCGGAGCGCCUCCUUCGACCCCCGCCCAAGACGACGACUACGGCGUCCGCGCUAUCUGGCCCGAAGAACUGGCGCAGGAGAAUCACUGCGCCGGAAUAGGAAUGGGAGCGAUGAGGACGGGUUCUGAGAGCAAAAAAAACCAACUCCUCCGCCUGGACUGCGAAACCCUGCGGGACCACGCGGAACACGCCGGGCGGCGGGGACUUCGGCGGGACGAGACGGGCGGCCGCUCUGGACCGGGAUACGACGAGCAGCGGCGCUCGCUCAGGAGGCCUCCGCACGACGCCGACGGAGACGGAAGAGCGUCGGAGCGCAAGCCGCAAGUGCCGUAUCCUCGUCCGCCUCCUCCCGCCUCCCCUUCGCCGCCUCCGCCGUCUGCUCCCGGGACGCUCGUCAAACCCAAACCCCGGCAGAGAGAGCGGGAGGGCGGACAUUCUCUCCCGUCGGCGCGGUCCCUUCACUUGGCUCUGAACUCACUCGACAGAGAGCAGAGGGAGGAGAAGAGCAGAACGCACCUGACUCUGCCGCUCUCCUCUUCGCUGCCGGCCUCCCUGGCCGACGAGUCGGCGACCACUCCCGACGCGGAGAACGCCGCGGUCAGCGCCGUCCUGCCGUUCUUGUUCCUGGGAAACGAAAGGGACGCUCAAGAUGGAGAUCUGCUGCUGCGCCUCAACGUCGGCUACGUGGUCAACGUGACCACGCACCUUCCCCUCUACCACCUCAAAUCCGGACUACAUUACAAAAGGCUGCCGGCCACAGACAGCAGCAAGCAGAACCUUCGGCAAUACUUUGAGGAGGUUUUUGAGUUCAUUGAGGAAGCAUAUCAGAGCGGUCGGGGCGUACUGGUGCACUGCCAAGCCGGCGUGUCGCGCUCGGCGACAAUCGUCAUCGCCUACCUAAUGAAGCACACCCUCAUGACCAUGACCGACGCCUACAAAUACGUGCGCAGCCGCCGCCCUGUGGUGUCCCCGAAUCUCAACUUCAUGGGGCAGCUGUUGGAGUUUGAGAGGGACCUCAACUCCGGCGUGACCCCUCGCAUCCUGAUGCCCAAACUUGACGGCGUGGAGACCCAAGUUUCCAGCACGUCCUCAAUGCCGUGCCCCCCACCCCCCGCCCCCUCCUCUAUGUGGCAGCGGUUCUGUGCGGGCCGAGGACUUGACAAUCCUUUGCUGUGUCGGGAAUCCAGAAUGAAAGGAGACACCCCGGUGAACAGCACCAUGAGUGUCGGCCAGGCCCGGAAGCUGGUUGAGCAACUGAAGAUCGAGGCCAGCUUCUGCAGGAUAAAGGUAUCCAAGGCGGCCGCCGACCUGAUGGCGUAUUGCGACGCCCACACCUGCGACGACCCCCUCAUCAGCCCUGUGCCCACUUCGGAGAACCCCUUCAGGGAGAAGAAGUUCUUCUGCGCUCUGCUUUGAGCCCCGGCGGGGACGCUCCAUAUCCCCUUCCCGAAAAAGUACAAGUGUGCGCGUGUACCACCGACUGCGCUUCGCUGCGGUACACGGUCCGACACGCACUCCCAAAACAAAAAAAAAAAACGAGAGCCACUCAGUUGCCAGUCGAGAAGAGUUGCCGGGUUAGAAAAGAAAAUGAAAAUGUAAACAAAACAAAAAAAAAAAAAAUGGGCGUCACGCAGAGGAUCAUUUGGAGAUGUUGGCAUUGUUUAUUUGAUUGAGGACGCGAGUCUGAAAGCCAGCCGCUGUCAUCAAGUCAAAGUCCAAUUCAGAUGGCGCGUCCGCCACUUCGGUCACUACGCAAGCUAAUUAUUCAUCCAAGAACUCAUUUGACACCACAGACCAUCCAAAAAAAACGUAUUCAACGCGUGUACUGGAACCAACGAUCGGAGUCCAGUUCUGAGGUGUGCAAAAUGGAAUAAAUUGCUGUGGUCUUCGUGUCCCGCUCACCCUUUGUUCUUCAAACGUGUGACAGCGCCGGUGUCAAACUCGAGGCCCGGGGGCCGGGUCCGGCCCGCCACCUGAUUUGUAUGCGGGCCGCACAGACAAAAAUCACGUGCGUCAACUUCCGUCAUCCUUGUUGAAAUCGGUACCAAUAUUUCAAAUGGUCACGUCAUAACGCUGAGAUAUUGCAAGCAUUUUUGUGUUAGCAAACAUGAACAAUAGUUGAAAACCUCGAUUUCUGAUUCCAAAAAAGGUUUGAUGCGUAAUAAUGAGGCAAUUAAAGACGGCCCUCUGAGGGAAACGGCCCGCGACAAAAAU